AUGGACAGCGGAAACGAACGCUACCCCGGCCACUCUCCAAACCUGCCAAACAAGCCUCUCCAAAAUGGCUCUCCUCGUGUGAGAAGCACCUCUGAUCUUGCCAGCAGCGUUGGCACAGAUGCUCUACACUCGCAGACCAACGAGCAUCCCUACACAAAAGCCCAGCUAAUGAGGAUAUAUGCAGCAAAUGAGGGUCUACUGGAUGAUAACAUAUCCCACGACAGCGUCCACAUGUUUGGCUCAGAAGGAGGUGGCGAAGCAGACGGAGAUCUAGACAUCAACAACCUCAUAUUGCAGAAGAUACAUGACCUUGAAGACGAUGAGGAGUCGACCACAAUAAUGGAUGACGAUGCCAGCACAACUUACAGUAAAGGAAGGGGACCCGUACUAACAGGAUCAGUCGGCAAUAUUGAUAUGAUGCCAACUGAAGACAGGGAGGACCCCCUCAAUUACUCGGACACCACAAAGGGGUGGAUUCCGCCAAAUGGAAGACCGAUAGACGAAACCAUUGACGAGAUCACAGCAACAAGCAGCUUUGCCAGUCAAGAGGAGCCCCUACCGAGACGGCAUGGAUAUGACCUCGGCCCGUACAGCCACUCACAGGGGGCCUCUCUCUACAACCCAUCGGCCACACAAGAGUCAUUCAUCGGCAUCCAACAACCUCCGAAAUUCUACAAAGACUCGAAGAUGCACGAUUACCCUCGACGGUACUACCCCGAGGAACACCACGAGAGACACCCGAGAGAGCGAGAACGAGACCGGCCAAGAUACCAAAUGUCUUCUCACAGAUACGGAUCUGCGUCUGUUCUUCCCGAUUAUCACCACCAUCAUCACCAGCACCAUCACCGAGUCCCCGGACACCGGCAACACUACCGCUCUCAAGACCUGGUUCCGCCUUACACCAAGUACUCCCCCUAUACCCCCGGAGCACGUAGACCACACCCCAACACCUACAUGACUCCGACAGAGGGCACAGAUGGGACGGUCACCCCUCAGACUGCGCUCACCGGUGACUACCACUAUCUCUCCUCCUCCUCCACUUCACUUACUAGCACAAACGUCAGUGGAAAUGGAAAUCUUAGUCAACUGUCUCGACAGCCCCAGAUGUACCACUGA